AUGCUACUGCUGAACGAUGGCUCCGCGAAUUACGAAGCGGCGAUUGUGGAAUCGACGAAUAACGACGAGCACCAUGGGACCGACAGUGGUCCUGAUAACGACGACCAAAUCUGGCCACCAUCGCCUACGCGACCGAGCAUUGAUGAAGAUGGACUGCUCGCUGAGGCAGUGCUGGCAUAUGCUGCUAGUGUCGGCGAGGCUGACGAUGCACCAACGACGUAUCAGCAAGCCAUGGAUGGCGACGAUGCGGCGGAGUGGAUGGGUGUUCGCCAAGAAGCGGAACGAGCUUGGGCAAGUGGUUCGGUACAAGGCUCGGCUCGUGGCGAAGAGUUUCAAGCAAAAGUUCGGCGUAGACUUUUUCGAACCUACUCACCGGUGGCCAACAUGAACUCGAUUCGUGUAGUGUUGGCGGCUACGAUAAAGAAGAAGUACGUGACGGAGCAGUUGGAUGCGGACACGGCCAUCCUCAACAGCGACCUCAAGGAACGCGUGUACACGGAGGUGCCGUAUGGCAUUGAAGACGCCGAAGGCUACAUGUGCAGACUCGACAAGGCGAUCUACGGAUUGUAG